UUGCCUAUAUAAAGCAACCCCUAUUCUCACUUUCAAUUUCAAAUCCAUCCAAUCCAAGACAACUUACUUUCUACUCAAAAAAUCAAUCUACAAUCUCAAUUGUUUCUUUGUGUUGUUGUGAGAUCCUUGAAAAUGGCGAAUUACCAGAACCAAUAUGGUGCAACUCCCCAAUCUACAAAUGAGUAUGGGAACCCACUCACCACCUACACCAGAUCAGAGCCCCAAUCUACAGAUGAGUAUGGGAACCCACUCACCACCUACACCCAAUCUACAGAUGAGUAUGGGAACCAAUCUACAGAUGAGUAUGGGAACCCAGUCACCACCUACACCAGAUCAGAGCCCCACUAUACAGAUGAGUAUGGGAACCCAGUCCGCGAAAGGGGGAUGAUGGACAAGAUCAAGGAGAAGCUCCCAGGUACUCAUGACCCCUACUCAUCUCAUUCUCAGACAACCUACCCCACUGCACGUUACGGUGAAACCGGAUACACUGGAUCGGAGCAGCACCAUGGGAGGAUGGAGAAGAUUACUGACCCCUACUCAUCUCAUUCUCAUACUACCGGCACCACUGCAUCUUACGAUGGAACCGGCUACACCGGAACAGAGUACCGCCAGCGGAAGGGCACGAUGGACAAAAUCAAGGAUAAGCUGACUGGGACUGGGGGACAUAGGGCGGAUGAUCCCUACUCAUCUCAUUACCAUACUCAUACAACCGCCACCACCACACCUUACGGUGACACCACCACCACACCUUACGGUGGCACCACCACUACAUCUUCACCUUACGGUGGCACCACCACCACAUCUUCACCUUACGGUGGCACCACCACCACACCUUCACCUUACGGUGGCACCGCCACCACCACCUACCCCCGUGAAAAGAAGGGCAUGAUGGACAAGAUCAUAGACAAACUUGAUGGACGACAUUAUUAAAUCACUUCAUAUAUAAUAAUAAAUAGGGUUAUGUAAGAGAUAGAUACGCUAGGUGUCGUUUUGUGUUCAAUGUUUUAGUAUGAUGUGUAUAAUAAGCGGUGCUUGGUAUAGUUCUUAUGUUUGUGAACACCGAGCUCUGCGGCAUGUCCUUUGUAUUUUGUGAUGCGUACUUUGUAUGUCCUUAUAUCUAUAUA